AUGUUGAUGGCGUCGAAGGGGCACUUCUUGACGCAGAUGCCGCAUCCCACGCACAACGUCUCGGAGAUGAACGCGAUUUUGCUUGCGGGCGUCACCUCGAUACAGAGCUUGCCGGUCUUGACGACGGGACAGGACUUUCUGCAUUCUUGCUUACAUUUCUUGGGCUUGCACUUGUCCGCGGACACAAUGGCGAUUCUCGUUCCCUUGGACGACGGCGCGUUCUUGUUGACGCCUUUGCCUCUGCCACUCAUUUGA